AUCAAACGGCGAGGGUGAAGUUCACCCAGGAAGAGAAGGAGGCAGUCCAGAAGCUUUUCGAGAGCUGGAUAGAAAAGGGUGACAUGCCUCGCAUAGGCGUGGUGAGGGACAUAGUCAAACAAAAUAAAAAACUAGCACGUUGCCUCUCUAACCGCUCUUUUCUCCAAGUGAGGGACAGAGUCCGCAACGCAAUCAAAGCUCAAACAAAAUCUACGUCUAUGUAGAUCAUCAACUAUUUCAUUCAUCUUUCUUUUUUCUCAGUUGCUUUCUUAAUGUAAUAUCCCUCUCAACGCCUAUGCAAGGCAUGUCGCCUUUUUCUAUCCAGCUGUUGAUAGUCUAAUGAAAUGUUUAAGAAAUGGCAGUGCACACUUGUCAGUAAGUCUGAAUGUUUUGUAAAAGUAGUUUUUGUGAUUCUUCUUUCUAUUCUUGUUCUUUUACUUUUUACAUGAUGAUUAUGAUAUGCUUUUUAUGAAUAUGAAGGUACAAUUGUAUCAAUAAAAACCUUCAAUUGUCAUUAAUAAAACACUUUGAGCAGGACAUAGGAGAUAGUUUUGUAUUAUGUCCGAACUAAAUAUGAGUUGAGUCAAAUCAAAAAAUCAUAAUUAUCUACAUUGGACGUAAAAAUGAUUGAGUUAUGGCAUUUUUGAACUUUUGUAUUGUUUCAUGAAACAGUUAUAUGCAUAACAUGGGCUGUAUUUCAAUUAGUGACAUGCCGCACUGUCAUAUGCUCGAUUUUCCUUAUGUGUAUUAUAUUAAAUAUAUAUUCCUGUACACUAUUAACAUAUUUUUCAAAAGAAUACCCGUUUUACCGGUCCUAAGCUUUGGAACGAUUUACGUGAAACUAUGAGGAAAUCUGUACUUCUAUUGGAAGCUUUAAAAAAUGUAUAAUUUUAAAUUACAGUGCAUAAGUAUUAGCCCUAUACCCGAUGAGGCUGACGAGUGUGUGUGUGUAUAUUGUAUAAGGGGAUGUGUAUAUAACCCAAUUAUAUUGUACUGGCACCAUGAAAGCUCUCGUGUUAUAAACAGCUUCGCGGGACUCGAACCCACCCAAGUAAAAUAAAAAAGAGUUUACAACACACAUGAAGCUAUAUAUUAAAGUUAAUUAAUAAUAGCAGUUUGUGUCAUAUAAGAAUUUGCACUUUAGGAAUGCAAAAGAUUAAAUGUAUUUUCUUACACCGUAA